GGGAAAAAGAAGGUGGCCACAGUGUAUUGGAUUAAGAAAGAACGGAAAAACAGUAAUCGUUUGACAGAAGUCGGAAAUUUCUGCUGAUCUCUCUCCUAUUUUUUCUGAAUCUAAUACCUCCGAUAGAAUGGCAUCUAGCAGGGGUCAAGGUGGAAUUCAGCAGUUGUUGGCUGCUGAACAAGAAGCACAACGGAUUGUCAAUGCUGCAAAAAAUGAGAAAAUGGCUAGGUUGAAACAGGCCAAGGAAGAGGCUGAAAAGGAGAUUGCUGAAUACCGGGCUCAACUAGAACAUGCGUUUCAAAAGAAACUGUCUGAUAGUAGUGGAGAUUCUGGAGCUAAUGUCAAGCGGCUUGAGCAAGAGACUGAUGCUAAAAUUCAUCACCUGAAAACGGAGGCUGCAAGAAUAUCAGAUGAUGUUGCUGCCAUGCUCCUCAAGUAUGUAACAACUGUGAAAAAUUAGGACCCUUUGAUAUAUAUUGAUGCUGAGGACUCCUAAAUUAUGUUUGAUUAUUAUCCUGAGUUUAUUUUUUACUCUAGAUAUUCUGGUGCGGAUAAGAUUAUUGUUUUGGCUACAAUGCUUAGUAUCUUGCUUCUUUGUAUUCAAAGAAAUAAUUUCAUGUUUGUUAAACAGUUUUUCAGAAUUCAAAGACAUAUAUAUAUAUAU